AUGCAGAUCGUCAUAGGAGAGUCCGGAAAACGAGAGAUGUGCAACGCAGGAGCACUACAGGAAGACCUUCUGAGAGCGGCAAAGGACAAAGCGGAAUCAGCUGGAGAACGAAACUUCACAGAGAACCCAUAUGCAACGGGGCAGAAGACGAUGGACUCUCACGUGCAGGCACAAUCCACCACGAGCGCAGAGAAGAGACAGUUCGCCGCAUCCAAUCACGUCAAGCGGGAGACCUCUGGCCCGAGAGGAGGAAAUGAGACAGGUUGGAGAGGACGAGGAAGGAGGCCAAACAGAGGCAACUGGCCAAACCGGGGAAGUUACCAGAGCCACUACGGAGCGUCCCACAGCACCCACUACGUGCCAGGCGGAUACGGAGCCUAUCCCCCCAACCAGCAUCACCAACCCUAUGCCCCAACCGCGUACCAACAGCACAGGGGAUACGGAUACCCUCACAACAACACCAACGGGUACACAACGAACUGGCCAGACCAAAGCCACAGCGGGGCGUACACUCCAAACGCGACUAUGGGAGAAGGAGGAAGUCAAGGAGGAGCCGGGGGAAAAACGUACGGAGGAAGCGGAGGAGGAAAAGGAAGCGCAGCAGGAAAGAGCACGCAGCUCCAAUUAUUCCACAGACGCUAUCCAUAA